UCAAAGGGGUUUUCUUUAGAAAGGUAGUGUGUGGCGGUGGGACUGGCCAUUUAGAAUUUUAUAAACAAGACACAUGACUGUGCUUAUUACAGUAUUUUAGCAAGUUCUGACUUCUUAGAACAUUGCAGUGGUGACAACUAUUUCGCUUUCUGUCCGGGCUCUUAAGGGUUUAUUUGCACACAGACUCAAUGCAUCUCAGUGUGGUUUUGCUUGCUUGCACCCAGCUUGUCAGGUAAUGUGGCAGAUGAGGUCCUUCCUAGCCAUUUCCUGUAAAGUAUACCGCUGUGAAUAGGCUAGACACUAGUAAGAACAGCUGCAUAGAGCAUCAGCCAUGGCAAUGGUACUGUUGUGGACCGUGUUGUGGAUGUCAGGAUACUGUCAUCUACUUUCAGCUGAGGUGUUGGUACAGUACAAAUACUUCCUUUCUGGGGAGGGACAGGGGGUUUCUCUACAAGCCCCUGCUGAGACCAAUGGGACAGAAUUAAUCUGGGAGUGGACGUCACAUGAUGGAAGCUACACAAACACUCGGAUAAUAACUAUACAGUCUACGUGGAAUUAUUCAUGGAAUUUGCCAAAGGCAAAGGAGUCUAUUUCAAAGGAAAGAACGUAUGACAUCAUUCUCAGACCAGAGUUACAAAAUGCAGGAGUUUUUACUUUUAUUCAAACUAAACCAGAGAAAAUGAAAAUGGCCCAGUUUGAGGUGUUUGCUGUAAAAGUGGAACCAUCUCGCUGGUCCAGUGUAAAAGAAGGUUCUGAUGUGAUCAGGAGCUGUGAAGUAUCACACCUUCCAGAUUCAGCUACACUGGACUGGGAAAGGGACAGAGAACCUACUGCUAACACAACGCUGAUCUACAACAACACUGCCCACAUCAUCAUCCACAGUGCUGACCGAUACAGUGAGGGAACGUAUAACUGCACACUCAGAUGGAACGGAGCACUUAUUUUCAGCAUUCCCAGGACACUUCAAGUCUACAAGGGUACAUAUGGCCCACAGCACACUCUGUACAGAGGGAGUUUGAACAGCAGUGAGGUGAUGCUAAUCUGCCGUUCUCCAGCCUCAUACAGAGCAGAAUAUUGGCAAUGGGAGCCAUCAUCUAGAACAAAUGCAAUCAUUGUGGCCUCAGCUGAUAAAUAUAAGAAUGCUUCGAUUUCCAUGGAGGUAGAUAAAGAGAGAUUCUCAUCUGAGCGCUACGAUGGAUCUAAUUUCCCUCUGAGAAUCUCACCAGUGAAGUUUGGAGACAGUGGAAGGUACUUAUGUUUCUGUGGACCCUACCCGAUAACCUCAGUAACUCUGGUAACUGUUCAGGGUAAGUCUGCACUUCAGGUUUAGCUUAUGCAGCAUGUAUCAUAAUUAAUUAUGUAUUAUUGGGUGGCAGUGUAGUACAAUGGGUAAGGAGCUGGUCUUGUAACCUAAAGAUCACAGGAUCAGUUCCCAUGUUGGACACUGCUGUUCUACCCUUGAGCAAGGUACUUAACCUGCAUUGCUUCAGUAUAUAUCCAGCUGUAUAAACUCUUUGUUAUAAAUUGUGUAAGUCGCUCUGGAUAAGAUGCCUGAAUGUAAUUAUUCUUACAGAAUUUACAGGACUGAAUAAAUAACAGUAUACUUAAA